AUGCCUCUCUUUACCACAAAAGCCCUGCUGGCUGGGGUCUUGGCGAGCAGCCUUGUGUCGCCUUCUUUGGGACUGACCCUGUCGUUGCAUCCAAGCUCGUCAGUCGUUGCGGGCGCCUCAGAGAGCCAUUCGUGGCAUCCGGACCCGGAGUCGACUGCGACUACAAGCACAAGCACCGCGAUAUACUCGCCGCCUAGUUUGGGCUCUGCGGAGACGUCGACCAGGGACAACGAUGCAGGCUCUGUUUUAUUCUUUCACACAUCUGGAAUCAGCACGGCCUUGAGCCCAACAUCUUUGUCCCACAGUGUGAUCGGGUCGUCUACUGAAUACACUCUUUCCAUCCCCCACUCAACUCCGAAGAGCUCUUCGACGCAACGUUUCUCCCAGGCCACUAGCCUGUCCGUUCAUUCUCAAUCCGUGGACUCUUCCACAAGGCCCACGAGCUCUUUAGUUUACACGAGCUCGCCUGUUGUCUCCCCUUCUGUCGACUCUGCGAGCUCCACAACGUCUUCUCUCGGGUCCACCAGCACCCCAAGCUCAAGUCAUACUGCUUCGAAGCCCUCAAGCUCGAAGCUUGUUCACGCAGAGUCCACUAUUCAGUCGAGCUCGGUGACUCCCACGUCAAAACCUCACACUGAGACGUCCUAUACAUCUGACACUUCGACGUCCUCGACUUCGACUUCAACCGCUUCAACGAGCUCAACUACGUCGACUUCUACCUCCAGCACUUUAAGCUCGACGCAUCAUUCGGAGUCUUCCACUUCCACGCCAGUUAUUUCCACAAGCUCUCCGGUCCGGACCGCAUCUCACACAGCGAGCCACUCCGCUCCUAGCUCGUCAAGCACGGAAUCAACAUUUACUGGUAACACAAGCACAUCUUCCACGUCCACUGGUUCAAGCAUAUCUUCACCUACUAGCUCAAGCACGUCCUCGUCCACCACCUCAAGCACGACCUCGGAAGCCACCAGUAGCAGCGGAACUAUCACGACCGCCCCCACAACAGGCUCCUCCACAACGACCGCCAGCACCUCCACAUCGUCGUCCGUUGACGUUUUCUCCACCCUCAAGCACGUCUACAAGCUCGUAAAGGAGGCAUACCCACUGAUCAAAAAAUGGAUGAAGGACCCCAAGUCGGUGAAGGCCACCGAUGUCGCCAAGGUCGUUUAUCGCGCCGCCACCGUUGCUGACGACGCGCUUGACAUCCUCGGCGCACCCGGGGGUAGCGAGAGCUCAAGCGGCAGCGGCUCUAGCGGUGACUGCUCCAGUGGGGGAGGACUGCUGGGAGAUAUUGUCGGAAUCGUGAGCUGCAUCUCCAGCAGUGCGGGCGAUAUCGCCUCUGCGAUUGAGGGGGCUGCUUCGGGGACCGAGAGCGAGAUUGACGACGCCGUCAGCAGCGUAUCCUCCCUCUUUGACGCUCUUCAGACCGAAGCGAGUGCUUUGAGCUCCGCAGACGCGACGAUGACCACUUCUGCCGCAACUGAAACAGGCUCCGUGACCACCACUACGGACGCUUCCAAGUCUGACUCGACUGUGUCCACUUCAACUUCUACCACUUCAACCUUGUCCCCGACCUCGUCUUUGGCCAGCUCCACGACUACUCACUCACCCAGCGUGUCUGCCAAAUCAAGCACCGAUGCCUCAUCCUCGGCCAAGGUAUCCACCAAGCCCGAGAGCACAACAACUUCAGGAAUGCUCAAGGACGAGAGAACAUCUAUUUCGGAAUCUUCUUCUGCCACCUCCGGGUCUUCCUCGCAUCUACACAGCGGAAGCAGCACCAUUGUAACCUCGUCCAAAUCCGCGACCAAGGAGAGCUCCACGAAAACUGAUACCACAUCAACCAUCACCGUGCACACGAUCAGCGAAACCGGCAGCACAACAAGUCACAGCUCGACUGUCACGGCCUCUCCCUCCCGCAACCAGACCGCUACCACCCUCAUCACAUCUUACACGUCCACCACAAGCGACACCUCCCCGCUGUGCACCAACUUCGCGGACCCCGAUUCCGGCACCGACACAGACUACUGCGUCUGCACGCUCCCAGACGGGGACUACACGACGCUGUCUCUCCUCCCUUCCAGCAGCGGAUGCUCCUACACGUCCAUCCCCAGCGCAACAGCCACCAAAACCAGCACCAAAAAGUCCUCCACCAGCACUACCACCACAACAACCGGCCCCUUCACGACCUCCUUCGUCGACGGCGACGUGAUCGUCUGCGCCAGCGCAACGCUCAGCUACUUCGAAUACAGCACCACAACAUUCACCUACACCAAAUGCGCCGGCAGCAGCACAACCAUCAAAACCGGCACGCACUCCACCACAACAACCGCGUCCGCGACCCCCACCGCACGCAUGAUCAUCGCAUACGAAGCCGCCGUCCUCGAAAGCCUCUGGGCCUUCUUCACGCCCGCGAUGGACAAAACCAUCAGUCUAUGCGACGGCUCGAUCGGCGAGAAGUCCGCCAGCGGGAGCAUCGUAGUCGACGACCCGCCGUAUCCGGACGGGACGUAUGAUCUGGACUUCAAGGUGCAUGGGCUGUCCGGGUGCGUGUAUACGGGGACGCAUACGGAGCCCGGCACGUUCAAGUGUACGGAUUUGGAUGAGGUGCAGUGUAGUGGGAUUGUGGGGGCGAAGGUCAAGGAUUGUUAUGAGUUUGCUGGGGUGGAUAUGUACAAGGAGAAGAUUUUGUGUGAGUGGUGA